AUGGAGCAGCAAGAGGAAAACAUGGUUUUUUCCGGUGAUUUCGAAAUGACUUGGACCGACGCAUCCCUCAAGUGGAAUCCAACCGAGUAUCAAGGACUGCAACACACUAAUGUAUACGAAAAAGACGUAUGGAAACCCGAGAUCACCAUAUACAACAGUGUCGGCCAGGAACCAGUAAUAGAGAACGAUCGACGCUUGGCCACACUGACUCACGAAGGGCAAGUGCAGAUGUCCAACCCUUCUAUCUACACUGUGCGAUGUAAAUUAAACAUUGCAAAGUUUCCAUUUGAUCAGCAGCUGUGCAAGGCCAAAUUCUCGUCUUGGGUAUAUACAGACGAUGAACUAACUAUCAGUGCUCCACUACAUGAAUUGGAUUUGUCGAGUGGAAAGUAUCAAGGCAACAGCGAAUGGGAAGUCAAUUCAGUUACCAUAGACACACUAUUGACUACAGGUGAAGACAACAGGACAUUCCAGGAGCUGCACUACUCGAUCAAAAUAAAGCGUCAUUCGACGUACUACGUUUACGUACUUUUUCUUCCUACUUUCAUCACCACGGCUCUUUGUUUGGUCGGCUUGUUCAUCCCCUUCAACAAUGCCGGCGAACGAACAGAAAGAACGACACUUGGACUAACAACACUUCUGUCAUUAGCCGUUAUUCUCAACAUCAUUGGUGACGACAUGCCAAAAUCGUCCGCUCUACCACGAUUGGCUACAUUCGUUCUUGCUGAGAUCCUGCUGUGCUGUGUUGGAGUAGUAGUGACUGUUGUCCUCUUAGUCGCGCAUCAACGCAUACUCACUAGGCAGCUCAUUCUUCCAGCUGGAAAGAACAAGAAUCGAAGAAAGAAUGAGAAGCCCAACAAGCUCGGAAUAGAAACCCUGAUAUCCGCCCAUCAGUGGAGAGAAGAACGAAAUGCGAUGGAUGAGCUCAGGGAGACUUUACAAGUGAAUCUUUUCAGUAUAGAACCUAUACACAACUUCUAUGCUUUUGCGAAGAGUAACCCUUGCACCACAAAGGGAUCAUACUGGGGAAACCACUAG